AUGGAAACUUCUAUACAGUAUGUCGCCAGGACUUCAAACCUGGAAAGUGAAAAAGCCUUUAGCACGGACAUUCCCGUAGACCACGUCGAAGGCGCUCGUAGGGGGAAUACCCGGCCUGAUCAUCGGCCCGUGACAGUGACCGCUAUCGAGAACUCCGAUGAGUUUAAGCUCGACGUUUAUGGGUUCUGCGUUGUGCAUGGCAGCACCCAUCUUGAUCCCGACUUGGCUUCUAUUAACAAGAAGGCCGUGCAAAAUGCUUACUGGCAUGAGAUCGAAGCUACCCUACACAAAAACUUCCCUCGAUAUUCGAGAAUCGAGGCCUUUGACCUCACUGUGAGGAAGAGGGACGCCGACUUUCCAGGCGUACUUCGGGUAUACCGUGAUAAGUAUGAACAACCGUCUGCCAUCGCUCACUGCGACUGGUCUCAGCAGGGCGCCAUUACAGUUCUCGAAUGGUGCUUCCCCAGAAAUGAAGGAUUUUGGGAAGAUAAGGAAUUCGACAUGUUGAAGUAG